UCCACCAAGGUAAUUGACAACAUACCGGAGACACUGAAAGUAUUGAAAUUAAUGAGUUAUUUUCACCAGAAGGGACCUCGGAAAUUCGUAGAACACUAAAUGUACAUCCAAGAAGCAAACGUCCGUAGAGAUACAAACAUAUGAAUCACGUCUGGUUGUUUAUUUAUCACGUUCAGACUUCUGAAGCUGUUGAGUCGCUAAAACUCCUUGAGCAGUCCAAGUUAAUGCCACAUUUUGGUGUACGGAAACAUGCKUGCAGUCGCAGAAAGAUGGGAGCCAAGAGAUAAGAGGAAAUUCUUCACUUACCUGCUUGUGGAGUUGGUGAUCAUGGCGGGCACGGUCAUGCUGGCAUACUACUUCGAGUACACGGACACGUUUAACGUGCACGUCCAAGGGUUCUUCUGCUAUGACAAUGCCUACGCGAAGCCGUACCUCGGACCGGAGGAGUCCAGCGCGAUCCCUCCCGCUCUACUGUAUGCGCUCGUGGCAGGGGUCCCAACACUUGUGAUCAUGAUCUCAGAGACCGUACUGUUCUUGAUACAAUACUCGUCCAAAGAGCUGGACAGUCAGGAGAAGACCAUGCUGACAGGAGACUGCUGCUACCUCAACCCUCUGGUGCGCAGGACCUUUCGCUUUCUGGGAGUGUACACGUUCGGGCUGUUCACUGUGGACAUCUUUGUAAACGCGGGCCAGGUGGUGACGGGCAACCUGUCCCCCCACUUCCUGACGGUGUGUAAGCCCAACUUCACGGCCCUGGGCUGCCAGCACGCCCUGCGCUACAUCAGCCACCAAGAGGCCUGCACCGGGAACCAGGAGGAUAUCCUGCGUGCACGUAAAACCUUCCCCUCCAAAGAGGCUGCUCUCAGCGUCUACGCAGCUCUCUAUCUCGCGAGUUACAUCACGUGCACGGUGAAAGCCAAAGGGACGCGGCUAGCCAAGCCUGUGCUGUCCCUGGGUCUGAUGUGUCUGGCCUUCCUCACAGGACUCAACAGAGUGGCUGAGUAUCGGAACCACUGGUCUGAUGUCAUCGCUGGCUUCAUCAUAGGAGUGGCCAUUGCUACCUUCCUGGUGUUGUGUGUGGUGCAUAACUUCAAAGGCAAGCUGUUACUGACUGGUGAAGACCCCCCACAGGAGAACAUGUCUAGAGUGGAGAGCCCACUGGAGAAGUACAUCGCCUCGCAGAAUCACAUCACCUUCGCUGAAGUCACAUGACGUUGAAUCGGCCGUUUUGCAAACCCAUUGGACAUCAACGCUCUUCACCGUCCAAUCAAAAAUGUAAUAGUCGGGGUGCAACGCUAACUCAUUAUGUACGGCUACUGUAUAAGGUCUGUCUGUGUUGUUGUCUUGUCGGUCCCUGUAUCCUAUCCUAUGCCGCAGUCAUGUAAAAACUCCUCAAUAGCUUGAUGGGAAGCUCUUUGCUGUGUUUCUCCAUGUGUUUGCUGCAUUUAUUUAAUCUAUUUUUGGACUUAAUCCCUAAAUGAGGAAAAUUGACCUGAUUCAACUUGAAUUAACUCGACUUGUCAUUAUAAGCAGAAAUGCUGACACGCUGUGACCCAGAUGCCACUUUAUACUGUAGAAGAGAGGACUUCAUCAUGGAAGUGACUGAUCCAUUCUUCCACAAUGUUGGUCGGAUACGUUCUUAUUCAUUCUGCCAUCGCUCCAUGUAAAUUAUAUUUCAUCAUUGGACUCUAUUUUGUGUACAAUAAGCAUUGUUACAUUAUCAGUAUCCUAAAUAAUGGGAAGAUAGGGAGCAUUCUUUUUCUCAAAGGUAGCCUACUGUAUGUUGUGUUGAAUUUGUAGAUGUGUAGAUUCAAAAAUGGCCCUGUUGCCACAUACAGGGACAUAUAUUUCAACCCCAGAUUAUGAUAAAUGUAAACCAAUGAUGUUGGUUAGACUUUGA